CCGGUCGCUUCGCUGGUAAUCCUCCUCCUCCUUCCCUUCCCCUUUCCGGCCGCCGUUCUGCGCCCUCCAGUCCGGCCGGCGGCUCGCCCACCGCAUCGAAAUCCCAAAACCUCCUCCAUCCCCCAGCAGGCCACCAUGAUGCACAUGACCUUCUACUGGGGCACGUCCGCCACGAUCCUCUUCGACGGCUGGCGCACGUCCGCGUGGCCCGGCUACCUCCUCUCCCUCCUCGCGCUCUUCCUCGCCGCCGCCUUCUACCAGUACCUCGAGGCCUUCCGGAUCCGCGUCAAGCUCCUCGCCGGCGCCAAGGCGGAGCCCCUCCCGCCGCCCGCCGGCUCCGACGCCGCGAGGGCCCCGCUGCUCGCGCCGGCGGCCGCCCUCGCCGGCGGGCGCUGGCCGGCGCGGGUGGCCACGGCGGCGCUGUUCGGGGUCAACGCCGGCAUAGGGUACCUCCUCAUGCUCGCCAUCAUGUCGUUCAACGGCGGGGUGUUCAUCGCCGUGGUGCUCGGGCUCGCGGCCGGGUACCUCGCGUUCCGUAGCAGCGACGGCGAGGAUCUCGUCGUGGUCGACAACCCCUGCGCCUGCGCGUAGGGAUCGGGGGCCGGUGGCCCGGUUGGCUUGCCCCAGGUGUGGUUUCCUGAUGUUGUAUAACACAAGCAGUAGUAGUAAUAAGAUUGGGUACAAAUCGAAAACUCUGUGUUGGGGGAUUGCAAUGUUCGUGUUCAUCCGGGAGGAAUUGUAGAAUACAGAAAUCGGAAAAGUUGCUCCCUUUGUUUCGACAAAUUGGUGAAUGCUUUUGUGAGCGAAGGAGCAGUAGUUCAGAUUAAUGAAGUGCUACUCCACUGUAGAAUUAUUAACCUCACAUAUAGCUAUAAUAUCUUCUUCGUGGCGCUGUGACGUAUCCAGGAAGUGAUAUUCGACAGGGAAGAGCAGCUCAGCAGCAUCCACCUUCCGUGGAAGAAACUGAAGCCCAGAUAUCGUACGCAGGGCUCAGGACUCAGGAGGAGCAUAUAGAUUCGAUCAGUGUAAAGAUAAAUACUUGUCCUUUUUUCAUAAAGAGCAUCAAUCUUUGAGUGAA